GGUUAGGACGCAUGCAAGUGCGCUUUUAACUGAUCAGCAAUGGCGUCGCAGAGAGCUGUGUUACUUACUUGUGAUAUCUGCAGAGACGAGUACGAUAUCCUCAAAAGAAAACCACUAUUUUUAUCCUGCUUUCACACGUUUUGCCUCGCGUGUCUUCAAAAGGAAACAACUGGCAAUACAACCAUCCAAUGCCCGACUUGUAAGAAAGAAAGUUCCAUUGAUACUACAAAAGAGAACAUGGGACUCGAGACAAAUGAAAAAAUUACGGCACAGCUAGAAGAUUCUGUUUUCCCAAGCGACAAUUUUUCCUAUACAGAAGUUCAAAAUGAGGGCCAUUUGUGGUGUUUGCAUUGCAAAUCGCGCGUUACAGAAGAAUCAGAUUGUGUUAAAGAGCAUACCGCUAUGGACCUGGAGUUAGCGAAAGAUAAAAUCGAUGCUCAUUUCGAGGAUCUUCUUAUCAAGUAUAAGAACCAGUUGGGUGGGCAUCUCACUAAACACCACAAGAUAGAUUUGGCGUUAGACGGGGUUCAAUCUGCUCUAAGAGCCCUAACCCGGCAAGCAGAUUUUCACCGAAAAGAGAACGCAUUCGAAAUGAAGAAACUUCAAAAGGAGCUAAGGGUUGUGACCAGUUUAUUGGAUAGUACUCCCGAGGAACGGGAAAAGGACAAAGCUAUACACACGUCUAUUGAAAAGUACAGCAAAUUAGUGGAACAAACGACAGCCGUUAAAACAACAGAUUUCGAUCGAAUCCGUAAUUCGGUCGUCUCAUUGGACAUCAAAACUCCGGACAGUCAACAAUUGCCGACAUCGCUGUUCAAUUCUGCCGUGCUUAAUUUCCCUUCGGUGGGGGCAAACGAGCUGGAAUCGCAUCUUCUCACUAUGCUUUCAUUUUUGAUUUUUAUGAGCAUCCAAAAAGGACAACGAAUGACAACCAUACCACCCAGAAAGAUGUCAGAAACCCAGAGAAAAGGGCAGCAAACGGUCAAUUUUCAAAUGGAUAGAGCAGAAGGGAAAGAAGAAGCUGUUGGGAAUGAGGCUGAGCCUACAACACAGAGCAAACCCAUCGCACCAAUACACCCCAGCUUACGGAGGUCUAAGUCGUUCAGUUCCAAUAAACCGGAUUCUUCCGGAGCAUUGCCGUAUCGUGACUAUCCAAAAAAAGAGCAACAAACGUGUGCCCGCCCCCAAAAAUGGGAACGUGUACCUUCGAACGAGCAAAUGGGUACAAAAUUGAAGACUUUUCAAGGCCCCGACCUAGGCACCAUACCGCCUUUGAUGUCGGUGCAAACUAGAAAAGCUUUCCUGGCUCUAGCGGUGAACGGGCAGUCAUACGGAAAUAUUAUCAUUGAACUACAAUUAAAGAUGGCACCAAUAAUGUGCGAUAAGUUCGUGCAGUGUUGUGUAACGAAAAAAGGGCCCUCCUAUCAAGGAACUCUUAUUUACCAGUCAAAAGAAAAAGCAUUCAUCAUGGGGGGCAAAAUUCCGGGUCAUGAAAUAAUGUACAUGGCGGAUGAUUCCCCUUUGAAAAAAACCCGUGGAGCCAUCUUUUUCCGACUGAAACGCGACUACGUCAAGACGCAGUGUAGCAUUGUAUCGACGGAUUUUUGCAUUCACCUUGGCGAAAAAAGCCCAGAUAACCAUCGAACAUCCACCGUAUUCGGUUAUGUUCGCGAGGGCUUAGCGGUGUGUGAUGCCAUAAGUAAUAUGGACUGCCACCGAAAUCACGUUGCCAUAUUCUCGGCUGGACUUAUUGACUAAUUCACCGAGUCUUGAAAAUGGAGAGGUAAGUAUCUUCUUUGAAAUUAAGUAACCUUAAUAUAAUAAUUAAGCUAAAUUAUCCUUUUAACGUCAUGCAUGACGAUAAUUUUCCCCCAAAAUAUUCAGACAUAUUGCAGUCCGAAAGGAGUGGCCAUGUCUAAUUAAAUAAGAUUGCUUCUACUAAUGCUCAAAUUCGUAUGGUAUAAACCCAUAGGUUAGGCCAUAGUAAUCUACCCCACCACAACUAUAUCUUACCGAUUCGCAUUCCUAAUGUUUUGUGGGUUAAGGACCAAUCGUAAAACGCUUUUGAAGGCAUAGAUAAUUGGGGCUUACAUUUUAGCGUAGAUCUAGAUGGGAUUGGGAAAUCUUUCUUCUUAGCUUUAGAAGUUAUUACGAUUAGAAUAUCUAGCGUGGGUAAGUAAAUUUUAAUCUGUGGAAUCAUUUCAUUUUAACUCUUUGUUACACUUUUAACAAAUCGUGUGUAAACCCGCUUCCUUGAUGCAUUUAAAUCGAAUGGUUUUAUUUAGUAUAGUUUAAAAAAUCAAGUACAUAUUGAAUUUACAGCCGUUUGGAUAUUUGAAAAGGAUUGCAGGGACGAUUGACGUUUAUUUAGAGCACCCAUAGUUUUUUUUUUAGUCUUCCUGAGAAGCUAAGCCUCAAAAUGUUAUUAAUCUAACGCGCCAGUAGGUUUUUUUUACUACUUGGUGUAAGUAUCGUGACAAUCCCCAAAGAAAAUCCCUUCCUAUUUGGUAAUUGCUUUUGGAUUUAGUGAUUAAGAAAAAAAAAUGUUGCCAAAUGACAUGAAAAAUUCUACCGUUUGUUACGUGACCCCAUAAAAUGUAUUUGAAGUAAGAACCAAGUCAACGAAAAAAUUUUCCAUUCGCUAAGGUGUGUAGAAUUAAGAGUAUUGAAACAGAAUAAAUGGUUUUUGGUAUGUAUA